AUGAGGUACGGACAAUUGGUUAUGGGACCGGCAGGCUCUGGCAAGUCAACAUACUGUCAAGCGAUGCAAAAACACGCUGCUGAUGAAAACAAAACAAUCCACGUGGUUAACUUAGACCCUGCUGCUGAAUAUUUUGAUUAUGAACCACUUGUCGACAUUAGAGAGCUGAUAAGUGUUGAUGAUGUCAUGGAAGAUGAAGAAUUUAAAUUUGGUCCUAAUGGUGGACUUAUUUUUUGUAUGGAAUAUUUAGUCGAAAAUUCACAAUGGUUAGCUGACGAAUUGGGUGAUAUUGAUGGUGACUACAUAAUAUUCGAUUGUCCAGGACAAUUAGAGCUCUACAGUCACAUGUCAGUCAUCAAAAAAUUGAUCGGGAUGUUAGAAUCGAUAAACUUUCGCCUCUGUGGAAUAUUUCUUCUCGACAGCCAGUUUAUGGUGGAUUCAGCUAAAUUUUUGUCUGGCACCAUGGCAGCACUCAGCGUGAUGGUCAAUCUCGAGAUUCCUCACUUAAGUAUUCUCAGUAAAACGGAUUUACUGUCAAAGAAAGAUAAGAAACAGCUGGACAGAUAUUUGGAACCAGAUCCAUAUUUUCUUCUCGCCGACAUGGAAGACGAUCCUUGGAACCAAAAGUAUUGUCGUCUCACAAAUGCCAUCGGUGAGCUCAUUGACAGCUACAGUCUAGUAAGAUUUACUCCUCUGGACAUCACCGAUGACGAAAGUAUUUCAGACGUCAGAAUUACUAUUGACAACGCGAUACAGUUCGGCGAGGAUGAGGAUGUUAAAACCCAAGAUUUCGGUGCAGAAGAUGAAGAAAAUGAAGAUGAUUAA